CGGCCACGGCCAGGCCCGCCGGGGCCCAGGUGCCCGCGGCUGCCAUGAAGCUGACUCGGAAGAUGGUCCUGUCCCGGGCCAAGGCUUCCGAGCUGCACCACGUGCGGAAGCUCAACUGCUGGGGCAGCCGCCUCACCGACAUUUCCAUAUGCCGGGAGAUGCCCAGCCUGGAGGUGGUCACGCUCAGCGUCAACAGCGUCUCGACCCUGGAGCCGGUGAGCCGCUGCCAGCGCCUGAGCGAGCUGUACCUCCGUCGGAACCUCAUCCCCAGCCUGAGCGAGCUCUUCCACCUGAAGCACCUGCCACUGCUCCGGGUGCUCUGGCUGGCCGAGAACCCGUGCUGCGGCGCUGACCCCCACCUCUACCGCAUGACUGUGCUGCGCAACCUGCCCGGCCUGCAGCGGCUGGACAACCAGGCUGUGACCGAGGAGGAGCUGUCCCGCGCACUAAUGGAGGGCGAUGAGAUCACCUCUGCCCCAAGCAGAGAGCAUGCGGACAGUAGCUGCCCCGCUCCGUCCUGCACGCUGAGCCCCAACAGCUCGGCCGGCUCCACCGCCGACACAGAAGCCAGCAACGACCUGCUGGGCUGCAGUGAGGCCAGCAGCCUGCAAGGUCGGCUCACACCGAAGCCCCCACCUUUCUCCCAGAGGGACACUGCUGGCAGCCACACCAACAGGAACGUGCUGACGGCCGUCCUGCUGCUGCUGCAAGAGCUGGACGCCACAGGGCUGGAGGCCGUGCAGCAGACCGUGAGCAGCCGGCUCCAGGCCCUGCGCAGGCAGGAGCCCCAGGAGGAUGCCCAGUGACUGGCAGGCGAGCCUCGGGCCUUGCCCUUCUCCCUGGCACUGCAGCUGAAUGCCAAGUGACUAGCAGGCCACACGCAGGCUGUCUGCGUGGACCCCAGCCCCUG